AUGGACGGGACGGAUCGGAGGGGGCCCCUGACCGCCUCGCUUCUGCUUCUGCUGGCGGAAGCCUGCUGGCUGAUGCUGAGCGCCGGAGCCUCGCCGACGCCUCCCGGGGCAGCUCCCCUGGACACCUGCACCUCGUGCGGCUUCCGGCGACCACCCGAGGAGCCCGGCGAAGUGGACGGCGAUUUCCUGGAGGCCAUCAAGAGGCACAUCCUCAACCGCCUCCAGAUGCGCGACCGGCCCAACAUCACCCACGCCGUGCCCAAGGCGGCUCUGGUCACGGCGCUGCGCAAGCUGCACGCCGGCAAGUUGCGGGAGGACGGCCGCGUCGAGAUCCCGAACCUGGACGGGCAGGCGAAUGUGGGGCCCGGGGCUCACCAGCAGGUCUCGGAGAUCAUCAGCUUCGCCGAGACAGAUGACCUGUCAUCCUCUAGAAUGCGCCUCUAUUUCUUCAUUUCUAAUGAAGGGAAUCAGAAUCUGUUUGUGGUUCAAGCCAGUUUGUGGCUUUACUUGAAGCUGCUUCCAUAUGUCUUGGAGAAAGGCAGCCGGCGAAAAGUAAGAGUCAAAGUGUAUUUCCAAGACUCGGACACCAGCAACAAGUGGAAUGUGGUUGAAAAGAAAGUUGAUCUCAAAAGAAGUGGUUGGCACACAUUUCCUAUGACAGAAGCAAUCCAAGCUCUGUUCGAGAAAGGAGAGAGAAGAUUGAGUUUGGACAUUCAGUGCGAAGGCUGUGAAGAGUAUUCAGUGCUGCCAAUUUAUGUGGAUUCUGGGGAUGAAUCCCACCGGCCUUUUUUAGUGGUGCAAGCCCGAUUGGCUGACAACAAGCACAGGAUUCGGAAAAGAGGUCUGGAAUGUGAUGGCCGGACCAAUUUAUGCUGCAGGCAACAGUUUUACAUUGACUUUAAGAUCAUCGGAUGGAAUGACUGGAUCAUAGCACCAGGGGGUUACUAUGGGAAUUACUGUGAAGGGAGCUGCCCAGCCUAUUUGGCUGGAGUCCCGGGCUCAGCUUCCUCUUUUCACACAGCCGUCGUGAAUCAGUACCGCAUGCGAGGGCUGAACCCAGGCACCGUGAACUCCUGCUGCAUUCCGACCAAACUUAGCACAAUAUCCAUGCUGUACUUUGAUGAUGAAUACAACAUCGUGAAGAGGGACGUUCCCAAUAUGAUUGUGGAAGAAUGUGGCUGUGCCUGA